AUGGCCGGCCGCAACAGGGAGCCCGCGCCGGCCGGGGCCGUGCCCCCCCCUGCCCCGGGUGGCCCGGAGGCGGGCAGCCCCGGGAGCAGGGCCCUGGCUUCUGCCUCGCCCCCGGAGCAGCCUGCCCCUUGCAAGGAGGCCCUGGAGGCGGCCGGGGCCGUGGCUGCAGCGGAGCCUGCGGGCAGGGAAGCCGAGGGCCAGGCGGGGCAGCUGGGCAGGCGGGGCAAGAAGAAGAAAUACCACCGCCACCCCAAGCCGCCCUACACCUACCUGGCCAUGAUCGCCCUGGUGAUCCAGGCCUCCCCGGAGCGGAAGCUCAAGCUGUCCCAGAUCAUCCGCGAGAUCAGCACCCUCUUCCCCUUCUUCAAGGACAACUACCAGGGCUGGAAGGACUCGAUCCGCCACAACCUCUCCUCCAACGAGUGCUUCUACAAGGUGCUGAAGGACCCCAAGAAACCCAAGGCCAAGGGGAACUUCUGGACGGUGGACGUGGAGCGCAUCCCGCCCGAGGCCCUCAAGCUGCAGAACACGCCGGUCUCGCGCCAGGAGGAGAGGGUCUUCGCCGUGGACCUCGCCCCCUACGUGUUCCACGGCUGGCCCUUCAGCAGCCCGCCCCCUCCCCCUCCCCCUCCCCACGACGCGGCUUCCUCGGGCGGCAGUCUGUGCCCAGCCACAGGGGGUGGGCGGCAGAGCAGCCCCUUCAGCAUCGACGCCUUGCUGAGCGACUUCCAGGACGUGGGCCUGUGCGGGAAGCCUCGGGGGGCUGCCGAGUCCCCCCCGACCCUCGCCGCGGGCCUGGACACCUGGGGGACAGUCCCCCUCUUCCACGCCACCCCGGGGCCACCGGUCGUGCCGUGGCAGCCCCCCUGGCCCCUGCCGGCAUGCCGCCCCUUCUCCUCCUCCUCCAGCAGCCUCUCCUCCCUCGGCUCCCUGUCGCCCCGGGAAAGGGAGGCCCAGGGGCAGCGGCCCGGGCGGGGGCCCGGGCUUCAUGCCCUGCCCAAGCGCCCCCGGGGUCUCCGGGCCCCCGAGAGCAGCAGCUCUGACUCUGAGGACGGGGCCCCUCCCCACGCCGCGCCGCCCUGGGAGCAGCUGCCCACCUCCUACAGCACCGGCGUGCCCCCCAACGUGGUGGCCCCACCCAGCCUCUCCCCGCCGUUCCCCACCGCCCUCCUGAGCCUGCCCAUCUACAGCCCCGCACCCCUCGCUGCUCCGGCACGCUGGGAGCUGGCGGCACGGCCCCCGCCCAGCCCUGGCCCUCCCGCCCAGCUCUCGGCGGACCUGGACCAAACCGCACCCCCCAACAAGACCGUCUUCGACGCGUGGCUGAGCCGCCCCACAGACACGGCGCACCCGGCCCUGGGCAGGGCGGGCCCCCUGCCCAGCCGCCCGGUGCUGGCCCAUUACGAGCCCCUGGCGCGGAUGCCCCACUAG